GCAAAACGGGCUGGUUCGCCGAUAACGACAGGUAAACAAUCUCCUUGACGACUGGAAGGCGGGCGAGUUAAAGUGUCGUUUUCUCUGCGAUUUUACCAGAAACUGGAUUGAAAUCCAAGAUGGCGGACGAAGAAAGUUCGGUCCCGGCCGAAGAGAAGAUGGAGGCGACCCAGACGGCAGGGCCCGAGGGUGCGGCGGCCGAGGUGCCUCCAGCCGAAACCGAGGGACAACCCGAGCCCGAGGCCCCCGAGACAGGGGACCAGGGGCCUACAGAGGCCGCAGAUGGAGCUGAAAAAACAGAAGAAAAGCCCGAGGAGGAGAAACCAGAGCCUGAGCCAACAGAAACCGAGGGAACGAAAGAGGCACCAACAGAAGAAAAGCCUGUCCAGGAAGAAGGAGGAACGACAGAAGAAGAGAAACCACCAACCCCAGCAGCCGGCAGCCGACCUGCAAGUCAAGCCGAAUCUGCUAGGGGGCAGAGCAAGCCUGCCACUCCAGCAGGCAGUAAAGCUGGGACUCCACAGGGCAGCAAACCCGGGACACCCAAGGGGAGCAGGCCCCCCACCCCUAAGGCCAGCAAGCCCCCCACCCCCACGGGGAGUCAGCAGGGCACCCCCCGGGCCGGGAGUAGGGAGGGUAGCGCACGGGCGAGUCCAGCAGGCGAGAAAGCAGGCAGUCGACAGGGCAGCGCAGGGAAGGAAAGACCAGGCUCAGGAAAAGAACGACCCACCAGUGGUACGGAUCGGCCCCCAAGUGCAGGCAAAGACAGACCCAGUUCUGGUACUGCGAGGCCCCCUAGUGGAAGGAGCAGGAAGUCCAGCGCAGCCUCCCAGAAAAGUGCCCGGGCUGGUAGCGCUGGGAAACCUCCCAGUGGUAAGGCCAGCCCCGUUGCCCCCGGCGACCAGAGUGUGGCAGAUACCAAACCCCCCACGGUGGGGGGGAGGCAAACCCCAGUCUCCCGCAAGUCGGAAACAUCGGAGGAGCCCAUCCCCAUUGAUGCAUUGAACAUGGUGUGGUCGUUUGGCCUGAACAAGCGGGUUCCAGCGAUCAACAUGACAGAUGAGCAGCGGAGACUGGUCCUGUACACGUGUGCUCACACCGCAGUUCUGUACGACUACAGCAGCAACACGCAGAAGCUACUCCAGGGACAUUGUAACAUGAUCUCCAGUACGUGUGUGAGUGAGGACAGACGUUGGAUCGCCACAGCAGACAGUGGACAGGACAGCAUGGUCAUCGUGUGGGACUCGUACUCAUGCAUCCCGGUCCAGACCUUGUUUGACCCCCACGUGGGGGGCGUGACUACCAUGGCGAUGACCCCUGACGCUAAGUACCUGGUGACAGUGAGCGCUGCCCAGACACAGACGGUAGCGAUCUGGGACUGGACCACGGAGUCUGAAGGGCCGAUCUGCCAGGCUGAGUUGGACCCGGCGUUCGGACACCAGAGCUACAUCCUCUUCAACCCUGAGGACCCCACCGAGCUGGUCAGCAACUCCGAGUCACAGGUCGUCUUCUACUCAUGGAAGGGGGGGAAUCUGGAGUACUACGCACCGGAGCUGGAUGACACCACGUUUAACCGUGCGGUGGGUCAGUACAGUCAGUCCAUCUUCCAGUCCAACUUCGGCACGCGUGCCUUCACAGCCACCAGUGUGGGAAACAUCGUGGUGUGGGAUAGCAAGAGGCCCAGCUCUGAAGCCCCUGCCAACAGUAACGAUGCCACGAAGAAGGCCCUGAAGCUGGUCAGACUGCAGGACCGAGCGAUCACCGUUCUCACAACCACUGACAGGUACAUCGUGACCGGCGACGUGAUGGGGCACGUGAAGUUCUACGACGACCAGCUGACUAUGAUCAACUGGUACAGCGACUUUGACCUUGGGCCGGUCAAUGCUCUGUCCUUCAUGUAUAUGCCUGAGUUCAGCACCGAUGUUGCUGAGAGUAGUGGGUUCCCGCCUGACGCCACCAUCGCCGCCAGCAAGUUUGUUGUGAAGGACUUCAUCGUCGGCACGGCAACAGCGGUCAUGGGUCACGUCAGGGCGGAUGGAACCAUUCUGGAUGUGAUACUGCUGGAGCAUGAUGCAGCUGUCCAUGCCAUUUGUACCCACCCUACAGAGCCCAGACUGUGUAUGGGCAGCUACUCCGGCCUGCUGAAGAUUUGGGACUACGAGCGGAAGGAGGUCCUUGUGUCUCGGCAAUUCGAACGUGGUAACAUGAUACGCUGUGUGGCCUUUGACCCCACCGGACUGAUACUAGCGGCAGGAUUCAUGGACGGAAGCGUGCGCGUGCUCGACGCUCUCACGCUGGACGACGAGGUUAGCGAACCGUUCCGUUACGCCCGAGACUCGGUCACCCAUUGCUGUUUCUCUCACGACUCCAACUUCCUCGCAACAGCGGACGCAGACUUCACGGUGUCGGUGUUCCGGACGGGCAGGGGUGCGGAGGAGGAAGCCUGGGUGUACCUGGGUCGUCACCGGGCCCACUACAAACUCAUCGAGUCCCUCAUGUUUGGCAUGGAGCUGGACACCAACCAACCCCGGCUGCUCUCCCUGGGCAGGGACAGGGUCAUGGUCGAGUACGACCUUGGGAACAGCAGUAAGGAUGACCUUCGGCUGUUGAGCCAGGACCGGAUCGAGCAGUCGGCGGUGCCGGCCUGCAUGGCCUGGUACCCGCCUGUCACCAAGGAAAGCUUUAUCAUCACCGCUAACAGCCAGUACAAGCUGAAGCUGUACAACACCACCACCAAAAUGUGUCGCAAGACACUGCUGGGGCCAACCUACGGGGCACCAGUGCAAAAAGUUGCUGUCCUCCCCACCACUGGUUCCCCCAUCGAGUACAGACACCUGGCCUACAUCACCACCGACAAGGUUGGGCUGCACAUCCUGCCUGCGGACGGGAACCCGCACAAGGCGAUGGCUCUGAUCGCUCACCCGACUGGCGUGGCGAACCUGGCAUGCUCGUACGAUGGGAAAUACGUCUUCACAGCCGGCGGGGAUGACUGCACGACGCACAUGUGGAGCGUCAGCCUCAAGUCCCUUGACGCGGCGUGCAGCCUGGGCGGCGAGAACCUGAUCCCGUUCUACGGCCUGCUGGACGGCGGACGGGAGGGCGAGUUCUUCCGCGAACUCGAGGACUACUUCUACUACGCACAGAUCAGGAGCCAAGGCGUGGACGCCACGGUGGACCGGGAAGUGUCGACGACCGUUCCGCUGUCGGAGGUUCCGUACGUCAUGAGGGCGCUCGGCUUCUACCCGACGGAACAAGAGAUCGACGACAUGCUGAAUGAAGUGAAGUUCAGUAAAUACGUGGAGACGGGACAGUAUGUCACGCACAUCGACCUCGGAGACUUCAUCAAAUUGUACAUCAACCACCGCCCUGCGUUCGGCCUAUCCCCUCUCGACCUGCAGAAGGCUUUCGAAAUCCUGGGGAUCGACUCAGUGGAUGGACCUGCUAUCGACCGGGGCAGUCUACUGGAUCUUCUGCAGAGCAAAGGAGAGCAUAUGACAGAGGCUGAGCUUGCAGAGUUCCUGACCACGCUGAUCGGGAUGAACCCAGAAGGGGGCAGCUCCGAGCUCGGACCGUACCACUCCGACGGGGGGGCCACCGUGCUCGAGGACGCCCUCCCCGCCGACUUCACCGCAGCCUCCUUCGCGGCCGACGUUCUCGGGUUUCAGCUGUACGCGACCCCGACCGCACGACCUGCGACCGCCAGCACGGCCAGCAACACUGCGGAUGACCUCUGAACUUUUCACCUCUGACCUAUGAACCCAUUUCAACUGCUUAUAUCUUUGGCUGAACCAAGGAAAUAGUUGUUCAGAUGAAUUCUAGAACAUGCCGAUCAACCUCUGACCUAUUAACAUCCGACCUUUGAACCCAUUAUUUCAACUGCAACACCGCAGAUGACCUGACCUAUCAACCUCUGACCUAUGAACCCAUUAUUUCAACUGCUUUAUAUAUCCUUGGCUGAACCAAUUUAUUUCAUUGGUUAUGAGUACGAUGAAUUCUACUAGUCACUGCAGUUUUAAACCUAAUUUGUAUUUCAAAGAUGAAAAUUUUGCCAAUUCAGCACUAGAAAAUCAAGACUGUAAAUACUUUUGUUUUUAGAUUAAAAUAUGAAUACAAAACCACUAAAAAAACAUAUGGCUACAAUGUAUAUUAUUACAAAUAGUUGUAAUGGCCAAACUUGUUUCGGGACACAGUUCUAUCACAGUCUACCACUUACUAAUAGUCUAGAUGGAAUUUCUGAAACCUGAUGUAUUCUAUAGUAUUAUACUGUACUGAAUUCUUGUUACAAGAGAUUAAUCUCUAGUCAUUCAAUGGUUGUGUUAUGUAUAUAUGUGGUUGAUAUUUUUGCACAGUUUGUUUGGGGUAUACUGAUAUGAUGAGUGUAAAUAUCUUAAUCAUGAAGUCUUACAUUGUACAGAAGAGUUUGGUGCACUAAAAAGUGAAUAAAUCUGUGUGUGCUGCA